UAGGGGCCGAUUUCAUUAAUGCAUUUCGAUAUCAUUUCAUUAAGCCAUGGGUAAACACAUAUUUCAAAACAACAUCGCACUGACGGUGUUCUACAGUUUUCUUGUGUGUAUAAACCUGGCGACCUUUUCAUUGACACUGUACUAUCGGGCGGCCGAGAGCGACGACUGGCUGGUGUCGGUGACAUCGGCACUCGGUAAGAUCCUGCUGCUGGACACUGCCGUGCUGCCCAUCACGGUGUGCCGCCGGAUCCUGGCCUGGGUGCAGGAGACGCCGCUCUUCAUGGUCUCUCCGUCUAACAGCCACAAGAGCAUCCACCGCACGCUGAGCCUGACCGUCUGCAUCCUGGCCGUGGUGCACUCGGCCGCUGCCAUGUGGUCCUACUUUGUGGACACGGAGAACCUGGCGGAGCUGUACGAGCGGCCGGACCAGCUGCAGUUGAACGUCUCCGGCUUCGCCUGUCUAGUCGUCGUGCUCAUCAUCGUCAUCACGUCACUGCUGAGACACCACAUGUCCUUCCUGGCGUUCUUCCUGACGCACCAGCUGUACGUGGUGCUGUACGGCCUGAUGAUGGUGCACGCCGGACGGUUCUGGAAGUACCUGGUGCUGCCCGUCUGUCUGUGGUCGGCCGAACUGCUGCUGCGGAUCGUCUACAGCCCACGCCGCUCCGCCAUCGCAGAGGUCACCCUGCUGCCCUCCAAUGUGCUGGUUCUGGUCCUCGAGCGGCCUCCAAAGAUGCUGUUCAAGCCGGGAGACUACGUGUUCGUCCAGAUACCGAAGAUCGGGAGGUUCGAGUGGGUGAAGUUUACGAUAACCAGCGCCCCGGAGCAGCAGGAUCUGAUCACCGUGCACGUGCACAUCACCAACAACUGGUCGUUCCGGCUGCGGAACUACUUCCUGCAGGACGUGUCGUUCCACUACAUCCCGCACCGGCUGCACGCGCUCGAGUCCAUCACCGUCAUACAGAAGGUGGUCAAGUCGUGGCGCAACAUGUUCGGGGGCUUCCAGAACAUCGAGGUGCCGAUGGGAAAGCCGAGGGAGACCAGAAAGGAGCGGCUUCAGAGGAAUAAGGUGGACGCCAUGAAGGUGGAGGAGAAACACCUGACGCUGGACGUGGUGCUCUCGGAGGAUGACGUCACCGAGCCGGAGCCGUCGGCCGCCGUGCUGCUGGAGAAGCCCUCCUCCUCCACACCGGCCGCCAGCCAGGCGCCGGCCGCCGCGCCGCCGGACCCGGCCGCCAGCCGACGCUCGCUGCCCGGCCCGGCGGGCGCCAGUCCGACCAGCUCCUACACAGAGUACCGGCAGGCAGGCCGGCGCGUCGAACAGGAGGCCUCCCAGUUCACCGGCUUCGCUGAGGGCUACUCGGUGUUCACACGCGAGUACGGUAAGACGCUGCGGUUCAGCACGGCCGCGCCGCCGGCCGGCCGCCAGCAGUUCCGUAAGGUGAAGCACCACUCGCUGAUACCGUCCCUGGACCAGAAGGACGGCAGCGGCGGACCGCAGCAGCCGGGGCCGCCGCUGCUGCCGCCGCUGCCGGCCGGCGCCGCGCCGCCCGCCGACAGUCGGCAGCGUCUGCCCAACAUCGGCAGCAUGCAGGCCACCGCCGCGCCCGCCGCCGGCGAGGGCACCUCCAUCGUCAGCUCCAUGAAGCGGCGCCGACAGGCGGUCGAUGACGAUGGUGACGACACCAUCGAGUACGCCGACACCAUUCGGGUAUUCAUUGACGGUCCGUACAGUUACGGCGGGGAGAAGGUGGGCAUCUUCUCGGCUCGGCACGCUAUCAUCAUCCUGGUCGGACCGGACGUGUUCCCUUUCGCGGCCGUGCUGCAGAGCAUACUCAUCAGGUAUCGGUCCGAAAUUGUGCCGUGUCCCAACUGCGCCUGCGAGUUCAAGAUGCAGCUGCCCAGCUCAUUCAUGAACAUUCGGAAGGUGGAUUUUGUGUGGGUGAACUCGGACAUGGAGGGGUACGAAUGGUUCCUCGAGCUGCUCGAAGACAUGGACCACUACCAGAGGCACAGGAACCUGCUCGAGAACUUCCUCGAGUUCUACCUCUUCAAGACGGGCAUCAAGCCCAUGCCGUCGUUUACGCCGCUCAGAAGGCAGCUGCGACAGGGCCGGCCGAGAUGGAACGAGGUACUGGACGAGAUAGUCGGCAAGAGUAGCGGCGGUGUCGAGGUGUUCUUCUCCGGUCCGCGCACAGUCCGCAAGGUGGUGCAAAAGGCCUGCACUCAGGCUGGUCUGGUGUUCAACUGCACCAACUUCUGAGGGCCUCGGCACCAGCGGUGGUGACCAGUCGCCUGCGGUGUACCCGACACCGGCGUUGGUGACCGGCCGCGCGACGGAGCGCGGGGUGACGGGGAGGAAGGGUCGACUGUGGAGUUGUCGUCGGACGGGCUGGCGACUAGUCGUGUCAGUGUGUUGUGAAUGUGAUCGCGUGUACACAAUGAAACAGGCGUUAGAGCUUUAUUGUAUAAAGAGCAUUUAAAAAAGAAACACAAAAACCGCCUCCGCAUUGCCAGAGAAAGUUGCCGGUCGGUCCCAUAUCAAGCACACCUGUACGGUGUACACCGAAAGAAACAUGCUACUCUGUAUAAACUUCAAAACUAUGCAAAACGAGCAACACAGCCAACUCAAGUUCAUGAAGAUCUCUUGAGGCAUUUCAGCAAUAAGAUAUUUAUGAGAAGGUCUUCAGCAAAGAAACCUUUCGGUGACACCGUGUCUCUCCUUCAUUUCGAUGUUAUUUCUAUCUACAUUGCAUCCAGGACGUACCUUUGCUUUAAGCUAUCCCAUUUCGAUCCUCUGGCGUGCCAAGAGCAGCAGUGUCGGGUUCAUCGCCGGCUCACAUCCAACGGGCGUCCGUCACAGCGCGCUGCCGGCCGCGCGCCGCACCAUCGCACCGCGACACACUCACUCGCGCGCGGAGCAGACACAGCGGGCGGGCCGGGCCCGUCCCCACUCACUGGGCGUUCGGCCGGCCGCCGGACAGACGGGAGGACGGAGCGGCGGUCCGGCCCCAGUCACCAGCCGCCGUCCGGCCAGCGCCAGCCGGCCGCGCCCGGUCACGACUUCCAAAAGUUGGGGUUCAUCUCGAGCCGGCGCUGGAAGUUGUCGUACCAGCGCUGCACCACGCUCAACGGCACAUAGCUCUCGUUGGGAGCCACCGCCAUCUGCGCCGGCGUCACGCUGAAGCUGGUCGCGUAGUUGACAAAGUUCUGCAGCAUCUUCUGGACGAAUUCGACAAACGACGGCACGGUGGAGGGCUCGGCGGCGGCAGGCGUCAGGCCCGCCACCUGCACCUCCGGCUCGACGGCGAUGCCCACCUGGGCAUUGUGCGAGAACUGCUGAACCAGGCCGGACGGUACGGUGGCGGCGCCGCUGCCGUGCUUCAGCGACGCCACCUUGAACACGGCCGACGGCUUGCUGUUGGAGAGGAAGCCCAGGUAGAUCCAGGUGGGCGGAGAGUUGGGCUCCGGCCAGCUGAAGUACACUGGGGGGAGGGGGAGAGAACAGGGCGCGAGCAGUCAGCGAACUGCGCAACAGUUACACGUCGACCAACACGUCACAGUUUACACAAGAAGGGUUAAAUAACUGGA